ACUCCCCCCCCGCCCCUCCCCCCCCCUUAUCUCUCUCUCUCUCUCUCUCUCAACCCCUAAAGAGAAAUCUCAAGGCAGAGAAAUCAAUCAGGUCAGAAGCCGGCAGAAGAUUCGAAACUCCGAAGAAGAAGAUGUCGAUGUCGAAGAGUUCAAAGAUGCUUCAAUACAUAAACUACCGAAUGCGAGUGACAAUCCAAGAUGGUCGACAACUGGUAGGCAAAUUCAUGGCAUUCGAUCGUCACAUGAAUCUCGUCCUCGGCGAUUGCGAAGAGUUCCGCAAACUCCCCCCAGGCAAGGGCUCCAAGAAGACCACCGAAGAUCGAGACGACCGCCGAACCCUAGGUCUCGUCCUCCUCAGGGGCGAAGAAGUCAUUUCCAUGACCGUCGAAGGCCCUCCCCCUCCCGAAGAGUCCCGCGCCAAGGCCGCCGGCGCCGCCGCAUUGGCCGGUCCCGGCAUUGGCCGCGCCGCCGGCCGUGGUGUCCCCACUGCCCCCCUCAUCCAAGCACAGCCCGGUUUGGCUGGCCCCGUUCGUGGAGUUGGUGGACCGGCUCCGGGGAUGAUGCAGCCGCAGAUCUCCCGCCCUCCUAUGCUGCAGAUGUCUGCUCCGCCGAUGACUUACCCGGCGCAGGCUUCGGCGCCGGUGAUUCGGCCGCCUGGGCAGAUGCCUGGGUAUCCGCCCCAGCAGAUGGGGAGGGGGCCCCCCAUGCCGCCGCAGUUUGCCCUACGGCCGGGCUCUGCACCGUACCCGAUGCCGCCGCCGCAGUUUGGGCAGAGACCGAUGGUUCCGCCUCCGCAGAUGAUGAGAGGACCACCUCCUCCGCCGAGGCCGGGGAUGCAGGCUGGACCGCCGCCGCCGAGGCCUGGGAUGCCGCCUCCGCCGGGUGCUGUUCCUGUGUUUGGCCCUCCUCGCCCUGGGAUGCCACCUCCGCCAAACCCUUAGCAACUGCAGCAACACUGAUUUUGGAUGUUUUUCAGUUUGGUCAUGCUGUGAAGAUAUUCAGCCAAAUCACUCUCUUAGACUUGCAUUAGAUCUUGAUUGAAUUAGCUAAUUUGGAUGUUUUUCAGUUUGGUCGUGCUGUGAAGAUAUUCAGCCAGAUCACUCUCUUAGACUUGCAUUAGAUCUUGAUUGAAUUGGCUAAUGGUUUGUAUUUGUGAGAAGUUUUCCAUUUGGUCUCCUUUUGUAAUGUUAAUUUUAGCUUGGUAUGAUAAUGUUGGAUAUUUAGCAGAGCAGAUUAUCGUCAAAUUGAAUUUGAAUACUAUUACUCUUCUUCUGAUUAUGGGUUUAUAUGGACUUA